CUGCUGGGACCGGUGCUGCGCGGCGUGGCCGUCGCCGCCGGCCGGCUGCGCCCGUACGCCGUGGCCGCCGCCUGGACGGUCUACGAGUUCCUGAAGUCCGGCGGCUUCCUGGGCUUUCCCUGGGGGCUGGCCGCCUAUCCGGUGAACACGGUCACCCCCCUGAUCCAGUUCACCGCGCUGACCGGUGUGUGGGGGCUGUCGCUGCUGAUGGCGCUGGUCAACGCCGCGGUCGCCGAGGGUGUGCAGCGGCCGUGGCGGCGGCAGCCGGUAGGCGCCUACCUCAUGGUCGCGGCGCUGGCGAUCGGCGCGCUGGGCUACGGGUUCCUGCGGCUCGGCACGGCGGAGGCUCGGGCGCCUGUAUCAGGACCGGCCACGCGGAUCGACGUGGCACUGAUACAGCACCACCACGAUCCAUGGCCCGAGGCAGACCCCAUUGCACGUCACCAAGCCAUCAGCGACAGCCUCCGCACCCUGAUGCGGCUUACGCGCCGGGUGCUCGACGAGGGCGAUCCCGACCUGGUCGUCUGGAGCGAGACAGCCCUGGUCUACCAACCGGUCGGCCACUCCGACGCCGAGUACUAUGAUCUCAUCCCGGACGGCGAUCCUCUGGCGCCGUUUCUGCGCGCACUGAAUGCUCACCUGAUCACCGGCGCCCCAUACGAAGUCGAUCCCGCUGCCUUCGAGUACAGCAACGCCUCCUUCCUGAUCAGCCCAGGAGCGAACGGGUUCGACCACUACCGCAAGCAGCAACUCGUGCCGUUCGCGGAGGCGGUGCCGUUCUGGGAGGUCGACUUCACCGUGUCGUCGGAGACCCAGCACCUGGUGGCGGCGCGCUUCCGAUCGGUGGAGACCGCGCGGCCGUUGCUGCGUGCGACCAACGGCGGCAUUACCGCAGCCCUGGACGUGUACGGCCGGCCGAUGCCCGGAUCGGUGCUGCCGCCGUUCACGGCGGACGCCGCCCUGGUCACGCUGUACCUGCCGGCCACGCCGGCCAUGACGCCGUAUGUCGCGUUCGGCGAUUACCUGCCCGUCGCCCUGAUCAUUGCGCUGAUCGUUCUGCUAGGCCGACAUGCAGCCAGUAGCGGCCGCCGCCGGCGAUCACCGAGCACGGCACGCCGAACAGCCGUGACAGAUUCGCCUCGGUGA